AUGGACGCCCAGGGCCACGCCAUGGACGGCGAGUAUGACCGGCUCCAGCAGCUCCAGCAGCAGCUCCAGCAGAUGAGCCAGGAGGAGAUUGACGAGAUGAAUGCUGUUCUGAUCCAGUAUCAGAUGGUCCCGGCCACUGGUGAGGGAGGUUUUGAAGGCGACAAUAUGUUCGGAGACGACCAGCAGCAGGCACAGCAGCAGCAUACACAGUACCUGCAGACCAUUUACCUCCAGCAGCUGCAGGAGCACAACGAGCAGAUGCGCCAGAUCCAAGAGUCGGUCACUUGCAGCCAAGAGCAGCUGGUCCAUGUCCCUCAGGCACAUCCUCAGGCACAUCCCCAGGCACAUGCCCAGUCACACUCCCUCGUGCACCUGCAGCAGCCCUUUCCCCACGACGCACCCCCCCUUGGCGCCACGCCCCAGCAGUUGCACUAUGAUCUCCAGCAGCAGCCUCCUCAACAAAGAACACCCGCAGUCACCUGGCCCCAAGGCCAUGCCGGCGUUUCUGAUGCCUCUCUCCCGAUCGGGAAUGUGCCCGCUAACCAAGGACAGACGGCCAGGGGUCGCAGCCACGCCAGGAUGGCCUCUACCUCGACUACUAGUGCCGCAUCUGCUCGGCCUCCCUCACAACCUGCGACGGUUGAGUCAGUAGCAGCAACAGCCGCGCCAGCGACAGCUCCGGCGCCAGGAAAUGCGCCAACCUCCAACAGCAACACCACAGACGACGACCAGCUCCUCCGUCUCCAAGAUCUCUCGAUCAUGCAUCGCCCAGACGAGGACAUUGCGGCCACCGCCUCGUCCAUAUCGUCCAUGACCAGUUCUGUUAGCACUGCGACCAUAACAGGCCAAACAACCUCUGCCUCGCCGUCUCGUUCUGAGGCUCCCCAACUUCUUUAUUUACCCUCUAACCCCCCGCCCUCAUCGCCGUCCCGUCCUGCUCCUUCUUCCCAUUCUUCCCAUUCUUCCCAUGCUCAUCCCAAGCCUCAUUCUCCUUCUCAUUCUCACAAUCUUCAACAGUCUGCUCAUCCCCCUCUUCCUCCUCAUCCUCUUCACUCUGCCCAAGUUGCUCGCACAUCGCCGAGACACCCCCAGCAGCCUCUGCCCAACUCCCAGCCUCUCCACCCUCAUCCCAACCACCGAGCAUCUGCCUCCUGCUCGUCCCUGUCUGGAGACAACAUCCCUCUGCCUCCCCCCAGCCAGCCUGCACUCUCCCCUAGGAAGCAACGCACGGCCUCGUCCUCACCCAAGAAGACGGGCCGCUUUGAGAGCAUCUACGCAACGCUCCGCAACAAGGCGUCAAACAUGCGUCGCUCACGCACCGCAUUUAUGCAUGAGGCCGUGCCACCUACUGUUGCGCCCAUGGCCACCCUCAACGACGCCGGCAUGCCGGAGCUGAACAAGAGCCACCACGCUCACUACCGCAGCCACCGCUCGGACAACCCGGAGUUUGACUUUGACAUGUCGGCCGCACACGCCGCCGCCUUGGGCAGCUACCCGCCCACACCACCACAUACCGGCACGGCAUCGUCUCUGUCCUCCACAUCGUCGACGUUCUCUACGUCUGCGUGCUCUUCUGUCGCCUCGUCCGUCGCUGACGGCCCCCAGUUCCACCGUCUGGUGGCUGCACAGUUUCCACAGCACUCUUUGCACCAUCACCACCAACUGGUGCACCAUCACCAGAACGUCAGCGAAGAGGACCUGCACCCGGCCGAGAUGGCCACGUUUGUGAACGGCCUGGUCGACGACCCGUUUGCGGAUACCAACGCUUUCUUUGGUGGAGGUGGUGCCCCAGGGCCCCAGCCGCACCCGCAGCAUGCCAUGCUUACUCUGCGCCCGCACGUCAAGACGGAAUAUCCGCCACAACAGCAGCAGAAGCAGCCGCACCCGCACCUGCAGCCGCCGCCCCCCAGUGGCGUGAGCAGCGCCUGCUGGCCCUCUGUGACGCCGUCAGCGCCCAUCGGCAGGACUUCACCACAGCACAACCAAGACGAGGACAACGACAUCACGCCUGUCACGAGUGCCAUUAAAAUUUCUGGACAAAGCACGGGACACGGCCAGUUGGUCUCGCCGAGCGCGUACCUGGCAGACGCCACGGCCCACAUGUCCGGCUCCAACAUUAUUGCGUCGGCCAGUGCCACAGCUGCCAUGGCUGCCAUGGCAGCAACCGUGGAGGACGACCCCUCUGCUACGGCAAUGGACACCGAUGAAGACUGGUGGCAGCAGUCCAUCGUUGAGUCCGCCGUCGGUGACCCGCUGGAGCAGGCCAGUCAGGCCAGCGACGCCGACACCCUCUACACCACAAACGUCCACACUGGCUUCCCGCCCGGGUACAUGGCUACCAACGCGCAGGCGUUUGAUGUCAAUGGCAACCUCUGCUACGGCAUGCCCGACCUGGCCACCAACGGUCUCAUGAUCCACAUGCCGCCUGCGGCCGGCACCACCACACCUGGCAGCCAGCAGAACCAAUACUACUUCCCGGGCGUCACCGGCGCACCACAGGGUACAGGCUACCCCCCGCCUCCGCCGGUUCCUGCUACUGAGUACGAGCACCGUCAUGACCACCGCGCUACAGCCAACGGUGGCAGCCGUCGGCCCAAGCCGCGCGCCCCUUCGGCCGGUGCCCGUUACCAUGGCAGCCGUGGCGACGGACUGCACUCUCCACGCAAGCGGUCCAGUGUCAACAACCUGCCCAAGGUCAGCAGCGGCGACGAUGGCUCCGGCAUGUCGGCCGCCGCCAUGACCGGACCCAGCACGCCACGUGGCCAUCAGCUGGGCCGCCGCUCACACUCCAUGCAGGCACUGCCGCGGACAUCACCCACUCCCGGCAGUGGCAGCUUCAGCGCCGUGCCCAGUGGUGCCACCACACCCUCUAGCCAUGGCGCAAUCCGCAAGCGCCGGUCGGCCAGCAACAUGCGCCGCGUGUCCUCCACGCAGGGCAUUACCAGCAUGACGGCUGCGGCGGCCAUUGCCACGGCAGUUGGUGCAUCCACAGUCGAGCCCAAGACGCCCAGCCGUCGCCAGCGGUCUACCUCAGUCGAGGCCAACCGCCCACGGUCCGCUUCUUCCAAUGGCGGCAGUUGCUUUGUCAACUUUACGCCCAACGACCACAGCCUGCUUAUGAGCGGCGUCGCACCCAGCGGCUCGUCCAAGACCAAGGCCCGUCGCGAGCGCGAGCUGCAAGAAAAGACCCGCAAGUUCAGCGAGCGUCUUGUGCGUGCCGUGGCUGAGGCCGGUGGCACCGACGCCGCCAUGCGCCAGCUCGAGGCCGAGGGUCUCAGCGAUCUUAAGAGCAUUGCUCUAUAA